AUGCUGGGGUCUCUGUUUACGCUGGCGGUGGCCGCCGUCGCCGGUGCUAGCGCGAGCUCGCUGAGCGCGCGGGACGACAACUCUACGGAUUUCUCGGACUUCAAGCUUGAUUCGAGGCUGCACCGGUCGUUCUGGGGUAUGGCGUACACGCCGCAGAACUCGUCGAACUACCCGACCUGUGGCGACACGAUCGAGGAGGUUGCACAUGAUAUGCAGCUCUUGUCACAGCUCACCACCCGCAUCCGGUCGUACGGCGCCGACUGUGGGCAAACUGACCUUGUCCUGGACGCUAUUCAGCGGACAAAGACGAACCUGCACGUCUACGUGGGCAUCUACCUGGAUGGUACCGACGAGGUCUUCCAGCGCCAACAGACCGCCCUAUUUGCUGCUCUUGACAAGUACGGCGUUGACAACAUCCUCGGUAUCACUGUUGGAAAUGAGUACAUCCUGGGCCAGUUCAACGACAACCCUGCGAACCACGAUACUGCGGAGCAGUACGUGAUUGCAAGGAUUGCCGAUGUCCGCAAGACCCUCGCCAGCAAGAACUACAGCAAGACGCUCCCUGUCGGUACUGCCGACGCCGGCUCGCAGAUCACCUCGACCCUCAGCCAGGCUGCCGACUACGUCAUGGCCAACACGCACGCCUUCUUCUCUGGAAUCAACAUCGACGGUGCAGCGGACUGGACUGCCCAGUUCCUGGUCAAUGACGAGCCCAAGGCAGCCACGGAGGCUGGCAAGACGCUCAUCUCCGCUGAGGUUGGCUGGCCGUCGGACGCCAUCUCUGGUGGCUCCCUGACCUUGAACGGCAGCAUUGCGUCGCUGGAGAACACGCAGAAGUUCAUCGACACCUUCGUCUGCGCCGCCAACACGAACAUUACCAACAAGGACCCCACGGGUGUCGGCUACUUCUUCUUCGAACUCUUCGACGAGGACUGGAAGCGUUCUUUCGGCGGUGCCGAGCCGUUCUGGGGUCUCUUCGAUAGCUCGCGCAACCUCAAGUCGCUCAACCUCCCCGACUGUGAAGCUCCGGGAGAGACUGCGCUCGCCGGUACGGGCCCGAGCCAGAACUCGAACAGCAGCAGCUCAAGUGGUAGCGGGAAUGACUCUUCCGCCGGCUUCCGCUCGGUCGGCAGCGUCACCGGCAGCGCAUGGCUCGUUGCUGGUGUGGCUCUGCUGGGCGGCGCGCUGUUCCUCUAA